CCAAUGACAGUAAAGAGCGGGGCAUGGAAGUAGCUCGACAACAACAUCCGACCAUGUCAAAAAUCAUUAGCUAGUUAGCUAACCAAAUAUAUAUUAACGUUACCAGCAUAUGAAAAAUAUUCUCAAUAACUUGCUAGCUAGCUGACUCACUUUACUAUGAGGUGAAAAUGCUUGUUCUUGUUGCAUACUAAUGUUAAUUGUCAUAAUCAUGUCGCUAGGUGCGUCAAGUAUGUGUCCCACUCAGAAAAGGACACUCUCGUGUCUGCUCGCAGGGCGUGUUGGGAAGAGGCCAAAGCAGGAGAAUGUACAGGAGCUGCAGGAGGCAGCAGUCCAGCUGCUGAACAGACACCAGAACCUCUCAGAUCUGUUUCUGGAGGUGGGGAGUCCAAAUCCUUGCAAUUUAAUUUGCAAGGAGUACUCUGGACAGAAAAAAGCAGCCAGUGAAAGUCCCUCACCUACAAUUGGGGGUUCACUUCUGGUGAAUGAGUUGAGGAGGAAGGCUGGGGAGCUGGGGGUCCCGGUGGCAGCCCUGUCAGUGAAGAUGGUGGUAGAAAGACUGUUGGACCUGACCGGCCAUAUCAAAGGGGACCGAGAGCAAGUGUUGCUCAACUCCACUCAAAGGGUCCAGCUCUCCGUGCUUUUCCAAUCAACCCGUGAGCUUCUCUCUCUUGAAGCCUUCUGCUCUAAACUCUUCUGGCAGGAGUACUGGAGAGAUCAGAAACAGCCCAUGCUGGAGGUGGUGUACCACUUACACACUCAGAAUAUCCUCUCUCUGGAGUACAUGUUGGAAAGUGAGAAUGGGGUGAGGUCAUGGUUGAUGUCUGAGUUGAAGGCUCUGUGUGGUAAGACAGCUACUGAGGAGGGAGAUGGAGUACCUCAGCAGGUUCUCUCAACUGUGGUAUCUGUGUUGGUGCGAGCUGUUUUUGAGGAAACACAGGACUCCACAGCAGCACCAUGCAGGAGGCUCUCCCAGGUGUGCCGUUCAGUGCUGGAUGACAUGCUCUCCUGGGUACUGGAUACUUUGAAUUGCAAGCCAACCCUGCAGUCUGGUGAAACAGCUGAAUUAUGGGUACAGAUGUUUGAUGCUUCCUUGUGUGGUGUGUCUGUAUCACCUGAUGCACUGCGCCGUUUCUUCAUCCACUCUCUCACACACACUCUCACCUACAGACCUAGACUCAAAGUAUCUGAUGCCAUUGCCAUGCAAAGAGAGUGGAGCUUUGCUAAAACCUGCAGACUGUUGACCUCCUUGUUUCGUAAGUUGGCAGUGAUAUUCAAGGUAGAGGAGCUUCUCUCUCACCUGCAACAAGUACUGGAGACGCAUGAGGUCAACUGGCAGCAUGUGCUCUCCUGUCUCUCCACCCUGCUGGUUUACAAUCCAAACACCCAGCCUAGCCUAAAAGAGCUGCUGUCCAGGCUCCUAAGCUCAGCGUUUGAGGGGUAUGACUUGGAGAACAUGAUCACUGCCUUCCUCCUGGCCCGUCAGGGUGCGCUUGAAGGGCCUGGUGUUUUCCCCUCCUACAGCGAGUGGUUUAAGAUGUCUUUUGGCGGUGCUAGCAGUUACCACGGCAACAGUAAGAAGUCUUUGGUGUUCCUGCUAAAGUUCCUGUCGGACCUGGUGCCCUUUGACCCCCCACAGUAUCUGAAGGUCCACAUCCUCCAUCCACCCUACGUGGCAGUGAAACACCGGGCCCUACUGCAGGAGUAUGUGUCCCUCACCAAGACCAGACUGGCUGACCUGAAGGUCUCAAUUGAGGAGAUGGGCCUUUAUGAGGAUAUCUCUGGAGCAGGAACCUCAGUGCAGCCCCGGUGUCAGGCACGUCAGGAUGUGGAGAAGGCAAUCUCGUUGUUUGGGAGCACAGGAAGGAUAUCUGCCACUGUCAUGGAGGCCAGCAUUUUCAGAAGGCCUUAUUUCCUGUCUCGUUUCCUCCCUGCCCUCCUAACCCCACGUGUGCUUCCUGUGAAGCCUGACGCCAGGAUGAAUUUCAUAGAUUCUCUUAAAAAAGCGGAAAAGAUACCAGCUGCCCAGCACUCCUCCUACAUAGAGUCAUGUCAGAGAGAGAGACAGAGGCAACAGGACAGUAAAGGAGUCUCUGUGGUGAAUGAUGAUGAUAACCCACAGGAGGUUUUACAGGUCCAACUACAGGAACAUAGAGCCCUGCUGACAGAGGGGGGCAGUGAUGGAGAGGUGUCAGCCCAGCUGGCCAGGAUCUCCCACACUCUGAGUAUUGUGUUCCCUGAACGUGCUGAGGAACUGGUCAGCCAGGCAGUCAUCCAGCUUCAUGUAGAUGAGUCCACUUUCUCUGAGCUGCACAAUAAAGUGGUGAACAUGAUCCUGAGGAGCUUCUGCCAGAGCCUUUUGGACGCCUCCAGAAUAAGCCCACCAAAUAAACAGAGCCCCUGGGCAUCCCAGUUUGUCAAUAUCCUGCUGGGACACAUACAGCUGCUCACUGCCCUCCUUCACCGCAUGUGGGACCUGCUCCACAACCAGGGGGUAUCAUUGAGUGCUGCACAUGUGCUUGGACUGGCAGCCUUUGUUGUGCACCUUCAUGCCUCCCAGACCAAGAGCCCCAAGGUGCAGCUGUGCCCACCCCUGCUGCCCGGCCCUGUGUCAGUACUGGAGGCACUGACCACUGCUCUGCCCUGCACCACCCAAACCAACAUGCUAUUCUGUGUUAGGUUCUGCGUGGCUGCAGUUUGCUAUGGUCUCUGCAGGAGUGAGUCACUGUGUGAUCAGCCGCAGCAGUAUAAUCCCUGCAGCCUCUAUAAAAAGCUGCUGUACCUAAUUCCCAGACUAAUGCCAGAUAUGAGGAGGUUGCCAAUUGAAGCGAGUGGGGAAUCGGAGUAUGUAGGGCCAAACAAACAGGGUGAGGAGGAGAAUCGUGGGUUGUGGAAGAGUGUUACUGACACAAAUACAACCUGGAGGAAGUCAGCCUGGGCACUAUGGAAACACGCCCCCUUCCAUCUCCUAGUAAAACUCCCAGAAUACCAGUUCUCAUUUUCAGAGUGGCUGGCAGCUGAACUCAGAGUUCAGAGGAGUGAGGAUGCCCUGUCUGACCCAGAUAGACAGGAGUAUCAACAGUGGGCGUGUCAGCAGCUAUACCUGCCAUCUCCUGUGGACAAGGGGGGCUGUGCAGGAGACUUAAGGACAGCCUGCUCCCACAUUCUCAACGCUGUCAUGGACCAGAAGACAGUAUGUGCUCCGACCCAGGAGAACACUGAUCACAGACCCUCGGAGGCAGGCACCUGUCUCCCAGACAUUUUCUCCAGACUUCAGGAGAUUGUCUAUGAGAUGGAGCUCACUAGUCGCUCUCAAAGGACUCAAGAUAAGGGACAUUUCCUAUUGGAUCUGAUUUCACAUAGAUGCUCUGUGACCUCUGACCUGCAGAGUAUCAGCAGUGAGCUUAGCAUUCAGCAAACAUUACAUACAUGGAACAGGGUGAUACUGGCACUCCCUGCAGUCAUGUUGGUUACAGUGAAGACUGGAGGAGGGAAGAGGACUCUGGACUGUGAGACCCUCAUGGAACAUAUCAACCAGUAUCAGAGGAAGGGCUGUUCCCCAGCUGGACUGCUGCCCUACCACCUCACAGCACACUUCUUAAGAGCUGUGCUCAUGGCCAGUGUGAGCUGUGACUGUGCAUCAGGAGAAGUGAACAAGGCCAUGUCCCUGAUCAGUCUUCAAUGUCCACUGCUCCUCGUCUCUGCCGGGCACUGGUGGGGCCGUCUCUCCCCUGUAUUGGUGUCUCUCUGGCAUCGCCUCACUGACGGACAGCCCCUGCCUCAGCAGCUGCAGGUCCUGGCUGAUUGUCACUUGUGGGUCUGCAGUUCAAAGGAUGGAGUGUCAUGCCCUGUCCCCUCUGCCCCGCCCCUGCUCCUGGCAGCUUGUCUGCACUGUGUAUGGGAAGGCCAGGCGAGUGGCAAGGGCAUCAGGACAAGCCUGGAGAUGUUGGGACAGCUGACAGAGCAGCACACUCAGCUGCUGGUGUUUCUGCUGUUCCUCUGUGUGACUGACCUCCUCACAACUUUUCUCACGCCCCAGAGGGUGAAGGGUCUUCAGAGAGCUCAGGAACUCUGUAAAGAUAUCCUGACUGUCCUUGUGGACUCUGCUGACUGGCUGCUACUAUUCAAGACACCAUGCUCUGAAAAAGGGCUAUACCAGCCUGUGGCCGUGGUAACAUCCGAUGAAUACACAAGACUGAUGCCUUUGGCCUUUUACAGCCUGGUCCCCCAUCUUAACUCUGAGAUAUUGGAGAAAACAGUGAAGGCCCCAGGGUUCCUCCACACUGCUGUGCUCUGCUACUCCUCCCUUAUCAAGCUCUUUAUGGACGGCCAGACUCCCUGCCCUGUGACCGAGCAUCUGACUGACCAGAUGGACCCCUCAUAUAUUCUGACUAGGGCCCAGCAGGUGCUUCUGAAGACUAUAUCUCUGACAUCCCCAACCUCACUGUCUCAACAUCAGCUGAACCAGCUGGAGGCCUUAUGUGUUGAUCUGGACCCGGAGGUGGCAGCAGCUCUGGUCUUUCACCUCAGCUCUUCCAGCCUCAGCCCAGAGCUGGACUUCCUGUGAAUGGAUGUAUAUGGGGCUACAGGCACACCACGGACUGUUAAUGACACUAACUUGGCUUCCUUCAUGAACAAGAUAUAUAACGAUGAUUAGUAUGGGUGCAAGAGGACUAGGUCUUUGUCCUCCAAUGAAGAAUAUACUUGGAUAGCUACAUUAUAAUGUUGCCUUUAGGUUAUGUGGUUGGCAGUUGUAUUUUAAUUCUGUGUGUGUGGAAGGAAUUGUGGUUAUGGGAGCGCAGUGUAUAUUCAGCAUUGUAGAAAGAUACCUGUACACAGAAGAGCCUGAUGACUUGUAUAGCUGUUUAAGUUUCACCAGCCCUUAUGAAUGUUGUAAGGAAUAAACUUAAUCAAAUAUCUUAAUUUAAAAAA